CCUUCUCUCAGACAUAUACUACCCUCUCCUCUCCAACUCCAUUCCAACUCUUCUAUUAAAAAGAAACUCCAUUCCAACUCCCUCUCUUCCUCUUUUCUUCCCUUCUUUUGGUCUCUCCAAGCUAUGACUUCUCCUACCGGGAGUUUAGAGACCUCGUCCAAUUCUUGGCCGGCGGCCGCCUUCUCCUUCCCGACUACUUCCUUCUCCGAGCUCCUCUCGGGAGCUGGCAAUGAUGGCGAGGAUUGGUUGAUGACCACGGCCACCUGGGGGCUAUCUGACAAUAUGGGAAACGGUGGAGCAGGUGGACCGAAGUUUAAGUCCAUGACUCCUCCUUCACUGCCCAUCUCUCCUGCUCCUAUCUCUCCAUCCUCAUACUUUGCCAUUCUGCCCAGCCUCAGCCCAACGGAGUUCUUGGAUUCCUCUGUUCUUCUCUCCUCUAAUAUUCUGCAAUCUCCAACAAUUGGUACUUCUCCUGCACAAAUGUUUGAUUGGAGGGGACCUGCUGCAAGUUAUCAGCAAGGCAUCAAAGAAGAAAACAAGGGCUACUCUGAGUUAUCGUUUCAAACCCAAGCAAGUAAUGGAGCCGUGCAAACAACAUCCUUCCACCCUUCUUCAAUGCCAAUUUCUUCAGAUCAAAAAUCAUGGAAUUACCAACAAGAGAGCAACAAUGCCAACGUGAAAGCUGAAUUAGUCCCUCCCAGCCGAGCAAAUUCUUCUGGGAUUCUACAUGCAAAUGCCCAAGUUGACACUGGCGAGCAGCAAUCUUAUUUUAGUCAUUCUACCCAAGCUGCUCAAACCUUAAGAGAGCAGAGGACGUUAGAUGAUGGCUACAACUGGAGAAAGUAUGGGCAGAAGCCGGUGAAAGGAAGCGAGAACCCUCGCAGUUACUACAAGUGCACUUUCCCGAAUUGCCCGAAAAGGAAGAAGCUGGAGAGGUCAUUAGAUGGACAGAUCACAGAGAUUGUGUACAAGGGUGCUCACAACCACCCAAAGCCUCCGUCCACCAGAAGGAACUCAGCUUCCUCUCAAGCUUUCCCGGCUUCAGGUGCUGCUGAAGCAUCUGAUCAUUCUUUCGGGGCGCAACCGGGCACGCUAAUAGACUCUGUUCCAACACCAGAAAAUUCUUCGGUCUCUUUCGGUGACGACAAUCUCGAUGCUAGUAAAUUGGGUGCCGAUGAGUUCGAUGAAGAUGAACCAGAUGCUAAGCUUCGGAGGAAAGAUGGUGAGAACGACGGGAUUUCAGCCUUAGGCAAUAGGACAGUGCGGGAGCCUAGAGUGGUGGUUCAAACCACAAGCGAUGUCGAUAUCCUCGACGAUGGGUAUCGGUGGAGAAAGUAUGGGCAGAAGGUGGUGAAGGGGAAUCCAAAUCCAAGGAGCUACUACAAAUGCACCACUGUGGGUUGCCCGGUGAGAAAGCACGUGGAAAGGGCAUCCCAUGAUCUCAGAGCAGUGAUUACAACCUACGAGGGCAAGCACAACCAUGACGUUCCUGCUGCUCGUGGAAUCGGAGUGCGUAGGCCUCCAACGGAGGACGAUAACAGCAAGAAUAACUUCACCAUGGCUAUUAGACCAACGGCGAUGGUGAAUCAUCCUAAUCAAAUGAUGACUAAUUCUCUAUUUAGUAGUAGACCAAGUGCUUCUGUAAGCCAGGCUCCCCUUACACUCGAGAUGCUGCAAACCCCCGGGAGCUAUGGAUUCUCUGGUUUUGACUACUAAUGAAUUCUUACAUAAAUCAGCAGCAGCAGCAGAGACGGAUGGAGGGUGUGUUCUCAGAAACAAAGGAAGAAUCAAGGGAUGAGUUGCUUCCUGAGUCGUCGCAAUGCUGAAAUUUGUUAGGGGGAAGAGCAAUGGACACGGUACUAAUAGUUAGGGUUCUCAUUGUAUAUUAUAUAGGGUUUUCGUUGUAAAUUGAGUUAAAGAGGUAUAGAUUUUUUUUUUUUUUAAAUAUCAUUUGUUUCACUUGUUUUGGAACCCUUUUAAGCUACAAACAAGACCUUUUGACACCUGCAUGGCUGUAUCAUGAGAGUCGGGAAAAAAGUGAAGAGGAAAGGGAUCUGAAUAAGUCCAAUCUUCAUGUUGUACAUCAACAACUUAUGAAAUGUCAAAGAAAGGAAAUAUUCAUAGAAUCUAUCAGUUUAGAGUUGAGGCAGUAUGUCAAUAGGUUCAAAAUAAAUUACCUUCUGUAGUGGUUUGAUAAGUUACCAAGUACUUUUAGUUGAAAUGCAAUUCUCAAAUAUAUGAGUAACACGAA